AUGUUCGGAAACAUCGGCGGCCUCAUCAGCACCUGGUCCUUCCUACCCUUCGACGCACCGAACUACCACAUUGGGAAUGGACUCAACUUGGCAACUGCCACCACGACGCUCCUUCUUGGGGCUGGCCUGUGGACUUACAUGACUUGGGACAAUCGCCGGCGUGCGCGUGUGGAUGUCCCCAACGCCUUGGCAGGCCUUUCCCAGCAACAGAUCCAGGACUUGGACUGGCGCAAUCCUGGGUUCCGCUGGCGUCCCUAG